GGCGAAACUGUGCGUUUUCGCCUGUCGAAGCAGGGGAGGAAGGGGUAGAACCAGCAGGCAUACACUUACAGAGUUGCCAACUUUCUCUUUGUCAGUACUUACCGGCUUGGAUACACACGUAAGGGUGGUGCUGCUAGUUUUCGCAGUACAACAGACCUGGGCAAAGCAAACACCAAACACCAAAAAACACCAAAACUAAAAUUAAAAGACUCGGCUUUUUAAGAAAAACCAGAACAAAUUCACAAGAACAUCUUCGGAAGUUUAGCAGACGAAUUUCUCUCUCGCACUCACUCUCUUCGGUUUAUUCCGUCAAGUUUCGGAAGGCAUCAGCAGCAGCCACUUGUUAGUAUAUAUAAAUAAACGGCUGUCACUAUGGCUAGUCAAAGUGAGGCUUAUUACGACGACGACGAAGAUUACGACGAGGACGACGAGGACAUGCCGGCUACUGAGAGAGAUCUUGCCGAUGAUGCGCAAUGGAAGCUAAUUCAAAAGAACACUUUUACAAGAUGGGCCAACGAGCACCUGAAAACGGUCAGCAAGCAACUAAUGGAUCUGGAAACGGAUUUAUCGGAUGGUUUAAGGCUUAUUGCUCUCGUUGAAGUGCUCUCUAGCAAAAAAUUCAAAUUUAUCAACAAGAAGCCGAACUUCCGAACACAGAAGCUCGAAAACGUUACUAGGGUCUUGAAGUUUCUGGAAGAAGAUGAAGGAAUCCGUAUUGUGAACAUAGACAGUGGUGAUAUUGUUGAUCAGAAGCUUAAGCUGAUUUUGGGUCUAAUAUGGACUCUUAUUCUUCACUAUUCCAUCUCGAUGCCUAUGUGGGAAGGGGAAGAACCAGCACCAGGUGCUGGAGGUCCCACUCCUAAACAAAGGCUUCUUAACUGGAUCCAAGGCAAAUGUGGAGAUUUGCCAAUUAAUAACUUCACUACUGAUUGGAACGAUGGCCGAGCAAUUGGUGCUUUGGUUGAUGCUUGCGGACCAGGUCUGUGUCCCGACUGGGCUGAUUGGGCACCCAAAAACAAACUGAAGAAUGCUAAGGAAGCUAUGGAAGCUGCAGAGAAAUGGUUAGAUGUGCCACAACUAAUUAAACCAGCAGAAAUGAACAACCCGAAGAUUGAUGAAAUGAGUAUGAUGACGUAUCUAUCCCAGUUCCCCAACUGCAAACUGAAUCCUCAAGCUCCCCUUAGGCCUCGUCUUAACCCCAAUCGGGUGCGUGCCUAUGGUCCUGGUAUCGAACCUACUGGUAACACGAAAGGAGCCAAGACGUCGUUUACUGUGGAGACAUUUAGUGCUGGACAAGGAACUCUUGAACCACUUGUCCUCAAUCCCAAGGGUCAGAAGGAGCCAUGUGAGGUUGUUUUCAACCAAGACAAACACCUCACGUACACUUGUACGUACACUCCUAAAGUUGAAGGGAGUUACAAGGUAAUCAUCAAAUACUCAGGCAAGGAAAUUCCUAAGAGUCCGUUUCCGGUUGCAGUUUCUGCUCCUGCUGGAGAUCCCUCAAAGGUCAAAGCAGCUGGUCCUGGUCUGGAACCAGGAAAUGUUGUGAGCGUAGUGACUCACUUUACCAUUUCUCUGAAAGAUGCUGGAGAAGGUCCAGUGGGUGUUGUCAUCACAGAUCCCUCUGGUAAUCAAAAUGCUAUCAAGCCCAAGAUGACACGUCAGCCUGAUGGUACUUACCAUGUAGAAUAUACACCUAAAGUGCCUGGAGUCCAUACAAUUAGCAUUGUCUUUUGUGGACAACCUAUUCCACGAUCCCCUAUUUCGGUUACUAUUUCUACUGCAUCAAAUGCAAAGAAAUGUUAUGCAACUGGUCGUGGAAUCCAACCUAAAGGUAUUAGAGUGAAAGACAAUGCUGAUUUCAAGGUAUAUACUAAAGGAGCUGGUGAUGGAGAUAUGAAAGUUACUAUCACUGGACCAGGCAAUGCAAAUGAACCGGUUAGUAUUAAGAAACUUGAUCCAACAACUUACGAGUGUGUUUACACCCCAAAACAGCCUGGUACUUACACUAUCAAUGUCACUUUUGGUGGCCAACACAUCCCCAAGAGUCCAUUCAAGGUUGAAGUCGGUCCAUUCAAGUUGUCUAAGAUUAUAGCAUAUGGUCCUGGCUUGCACGGCGGAAUGGUCGGCAAACCAGCAACAUUUGUUGUGGAAACCCAUGGCGAAACAGGAGCAUUAGGUUUUUCAAUUGAAGGUCCUUCCCAGGCCAAAAUUGACUGCAAAGAUAAUGGUGAUGGAACAGCUGAUAUCACUUAUUGGCCAACAGCCCCAGGAGAAUAUGCAGUCCACAUUCAUUGUAAUGAAGAAGAUAUUCCUAAAUCUCCAUAUAUGGCCCAGAUUCAACCAGCUACUAAGGACUUUGAUCCUCUCAAGGUGGUUGCAUUUGGGCCUGGCUUACAGGAAACUGGGGUCCAAGUUCAGCAGAUGACUGAAUUUACUGUUGAUGCCAAGAAAGCUGGGAAGGCUCAACUGGACAUUAUUUGCCAUGACGCCGAUGGUAAUCCCGUUAAAGUUGAUAUCAAAGACAACAAGGAUGGUACUUACACUUGUAAAUACAAGCCUUUGAAGAAUGUCAAGCAUGUUGUGUUGAUUUCAUAUGGUGGUGUAAACAUACCAAAAAGUCCUUUCAGAGUUUUUGUCCAAUCUCCUUCCAGUGUGAAGGUUUAUGGACCAGGUGUGAAACCAGGUGUGAAAACUAACCAACCAACUCACUUCGUGGUUGAUUGCAAAGAAGCUGGACCUGGUGAUGUGGCUAUUUCAUUGACUGAUGAGCGUGGAAUGGAUGUGCCUGUUAAUACUGUUGACAACCAAGAUGGUACCUUCACUGUCAAUUAUGAAGCCAAGAUCCCUGGCAUGUACACCAUAAAUGUGUACUUUGCCGAUAAAGAGAUUCCAGCAUCACCCAUCAAGGUGAAAGUUGAAUCCAGUAUUGAUAUCGGCAAAGUGCGCGUUGAAGGUUUGGAGAAAACUCAAGAGGUUGGCAAAGAGAAAAUGAUUGAUAUCAUUACGGUUGGUGCUGGAAAGGCUGAAGCCACUGUCCAGAUAACCAAUCCUAAAGGUGUCAAGACAACUGUUCCUACUAAGCCAAUGGCUAACGGACAUAGUGCACCUAUUCUCUUCAAAGAACCUGGUCCUCAUAAGGUUGAGGUCAGCUAUGGUGGAAUGCCAGCAAAGGGUUCUCCAUUUAAAGUCGAUGCCGUUGUUCCGGUCUCCGCUAACAAUGUUCAUGCUUACGGCCCUGGCUUGAAAGAAGGAACUGCAAAGAAACCAGCCACAUUUACAGUCGACAGGCGUGCUGCUCCACCAGGCGCUCUUGGAGUAUCUGUUGAAGGUCCAUCUGAGGCUAAAGUUAACUGUACUGAUAACAAAGACGGUACUGUCAACGCUGAAUACUUCCCAACUGUGCCAGGAGACUACAAAGUGAAUGUCAUCUAUGAUAACGCUCCAAUUCCUGGAUCACCAUUUAAGGCUAAGAUUCAACCCGCAACUCUCGAUGUCGGAGGCAUCAAGGCUUAUGGACCAGGAGUUGAGAAGACCGGUGUCUUUUUGGAUGCCCCAGCCAACUUCACUGUUGACGCUACUCCUGUUACAACGAAUGGUGAUGGUAAAGUACGUGCUGUUGUCACAAGUCCAUCUGGAGCCAAAGCUGAGCUGCCAAUUGACAACAAGAAGAAUGGUAUUUACACUGGCUCUUACAUGCCAAUUGAACAAGGUCCUUAUGCUGUUGACAUUUCUUAUGAAAAUAUGCCAAUUCCUGGCAGUCCUUUCAAAACAACUGCUGUUCCUGGUUGUGAUCCUUCUAAAGUCAAAGCUUACGGCCCAGGUCUUGAACGUGGUAUCACUAAUAAACCCAAUGUGUUCACUGUGGACAGUCGUGGAGCUGGCCACGGUAACCUUGGUCUCUCCAUUGAUGGACCUGUCGAAGCUAAGAUGACCUGCAAGGACAAUCAUGAUGGAACAUGCCAAGUCGAAUACAUGCCUCUUAAAUCUGGACCUUAUGAUAUUGGUGUGAAAUAUGGUGAUAAACAUAUUCCUGGAAGUCCAUUCCAUGUCCCAGUUGAGACUCCAGUUGAUCCUAGCAAAGUUAAAUGCCAAGGUCCUGGUGUUGAUACUGCUAAAGGAGUCAAACCCAAGGAACCAACAUCCUUCACCAUUGAUACUAAAGAAGCCGGAGAUGCUCCACUUGAAGUUACUGUCACUGACAAAUUUGGUAAGAGGCCAGCUGAUGUUCAUCCUAUUGAAGAAGGUGUUUUCAAGGCUAAUUACACAGUACCUGAAGAAGGUCCAUGCCAACUUGAUGUGAAAUAUGCUAACCAACAUGUGCCAAAAAGUCCAUUUAAUAUGCCUGUUAAACCAGGUUUUGAUCCAACUAAAGUUCGUGUUUAUGGUCCUGGGGUGAAUGAUGUCCCUGCUAGUCUUCCUGUGUCAUUCUGCAUCGAUACCACUGAGGCAGGAAUUGCAGACUUAGAAGUGUCAAUUCAGAGACCAGACGGCACGUUCGUUAAACCGAUCAUCCAUGACAAUGGUGAUGGCACAUUUAAUGUUACUUACACUCCUGAAGAUCUUGGUGUCUACACAAUCAAAAUCAAAUUCGGUGGCGUUGAGAUUCCAACCAGCCCCAUCAAGGCUUGUUCUAAACCCACAGGUGAUGCCAGCAAAUGUAAAAUUACAAAGGGUACAGAGAAAACUGUUAUGGUCAAAAAGGAAACUGUCAUUACUGUUGAUGCUUCACAGGCCGGUACCGGUAAAGUUACCUGCCGUAUUCGUGAUUCUAAUGGUCAUGAUAUUGAUAUUGACAUCAUUGAGAAUCCCGAUGAAACCUUCAGUAUUCAAUUCACUCCACAGUUUCCUGGAACCUACUCCAUCAGCAUUCAAUUUGGUGGACAAAGUAUUCCAGAUGGAAAAUACCAAGUUGAAGCAGUUGACUCUGCAGACUAUGAGGUUUACCUUGAAACUAAAGAGAAGGUUCUUUGUCCCCAACCUGUGGUUGAUGAUAUUAUCAAACCAGUUAAGGUUGAUGAAGUACAGAGUGCUCCUGCACCAUACCAUCCAUUAGAUUUCUGCAUCCCUGUUGGCCCAGUUUUCAACUUUGUCUCAGGUCACAUUAUCACUCCUUCCGGUAAGAAGGUUUAUCCCAAAAUUGAAGACAACAAGAAUGGUACCGUUGGUGUUCGUUACCAACCAACUGAAGCUGGUUUGCAUGAGCUUCACAUCCAAUACAAUAAUGAACCUGUCUAUGGAAGUCCCUUCCAUUUCCACGUGGACGCAAUUAACAGUGGUCAAGUCACUGCACAUGGACCUGGUCUUACACAUGGUGUCGUCAACGAAUCUGCUGUCUUCACCAUUGUAACCAAAGACGCUGGCGCAGGCGGUUUGUCUUUGUCCAUUGAAGGUCCUUCUAAGGCCACUAUUAACUGUGUGGACAACAAAGACGGUACAUGUACAGUAAGCUACAUGCCUACAGCUCCUGGAGAGUAUUGUAUCACUGUCAAGUUUGCUGAUAGCAACAUCUCUGGAUCACCAUUCAAACCAAAGAUCACACCAAGUGAACCAAGGAGGAGAGCCCAAAUAUCUGUUGGUAGCAGCAGUGAAGUAUCUCUGAAGGUCACUGAAACUGACAUAACUAAUCUAACUGCAAUGAUCAAGACUCCAUCUGGCAAAGAGGAACCUUGCAUUUUGAAAAAGCUGUCCAAUGGUCACUUAGGUAUUUCAUUCACUCCACAUGAAGUUGGAGAGCAUCUCGUCAACGUCUACCGCAACGGACAACACAUUGCAAGCAGUCCAUUUAGGAUUUAUGUUGGUGAAGGAGAGUUGGGCAAUGCUGGAAAGGUGAAGGUGACUGGCCGUGGAAUUGUUGAAGGAAUGGCAAAUCAAGUCAAUGAAUUUACUGUCAAUACCAAAGAAGCUGGCUAUGGUGGACUUAGCUUGUCCAUUGAAGGUCCCAGCAAGGCAGAUAUUGAGUGUAAAGACAACGAUGAUGGUACAUGUGGUGUUACUUACAAGCCCACAGAACCUGGUACCUACAUCAUUAACAUCAAAUUUGCUGAUGUCCAUGUUCCAGGCAGUCCAUUCAGUGUGAAAAUUGGUGGUGAACCAUCCUCUCGUAUUACUGAACGUAUUACUAGACAUCGGGAAGCUGCUGAUAUCACACACAUAGGAAGCCAAUGUGAACUCAGUUUAAAAAUUCCAGAAAAUUAUUUGGCUAUCAGAGGCACAAGUCCUUUCGAUAUGACUGCUUCUGUAACCAGCCCAUCAGGUGUAACUGAAGUUUGUGAUGUAAUUAGCUUAAAUGACUGUCACUAUAGUAUCAAAUUCGUUCCCAAAGAAAUGGGAGUCCAUACAGUUAGUGUAAAGCACAAAGAUAUGCAUAUUCCAGGCAGCCCCUUUGAAUUCACAGUUGGGCCUAUUACUGGAGGCGGAGCCCACAAAGUGCAUGCAGCUGGUCCUGGCUUAGAGAAAGGAGAAGUACACUCACCUUGUGAAUUCAACAUUUAUACUCGGGAAGCUGGUGCUGGUGGUUUGUCUAUUGCUGUUGAGGGGCCAUCUAAAGCUGAAAUAGAUUUUGAAGAUAGAAAAGAUGGUUCUUGUGGUGUGAACUAUGUGUGCACUGAGCCUGGAGAGUACCUGGUAUCUGUUAAGUUUAACGAUGAACACAUCCCAGAGUCACCUUUCAGAGUGGCUAUUUCGCCAAGUGUUGGAGAUGCUCAAAAACUCUCAGUUCAUUCUCUUCAAGAGAAAGGAUUGCAGGUAAACAAGCCUGCCGUCUUCAAAGUGUCUUUCAAUGGUGCUCAUGGUAAACUGCUUGCAAAGGUUGUUUCACCCUCUGGAGUAGAGGAUGAUGCUUUAGUCAAUGAAAUUAAUGAAGCCCAGAAAACACUACCUUCCAGAGUAGGUGAAUAUGCUGUCAGUUUCAUCCCUAAAGAAAAUGGAACUCACCUUGUCCAUGUUACUUUCGAUGGUUGUCAUAUCCCAGGCAGUCCUUUCAGAGUACUUGUUGGUAAAGUUGAUGCUGAUCCAGGAAGGGUCACUGCUUACGGAGAAGGCUUAUAUCAAGGACGCACACGUCAAGUAGCCAAAUUCAUAAUUAGCACAGUUAAUGCCGGCUCUGGUGCAUUAGCCGUUACUGUUGAAGGCCCAUCUAAGGUGAAAUUAGAUUGCCGAGAAGUUGAAGAAGGAUAUGAAUUCAGCUACACACCAACAGCACCCGGAGACUAUCUUAUUAAUAUCCGCUAUGGUGGCGUUGGUAUUGCUGGUUCUCCAUUCAAAGCAAAGAUUACAGGUGAUGGCCAUGCUUCUGGAUUCCAUGAGCAAGCUUCAGUUGUUGUAGAGACUGUCACUAAAACCAGCACAACUACUCGCUUCAGUGGUGUACAGCAAUACCAGUCUGAUCCCAGUAAAGUUGUUGCUCGUGGUAAUGGAUUAAACAGUGCAGUUCGUGGCAAGGCUAACACUUUCACCAUUGAUACUACCAAUGCUGGUGUCAAUAUAAUGUUCGUUGGUAUGCGAGGACCCAAAGGACCUUGUGAGGAAUUAGUGGUGAAGCAUCUUGGAAAUAACCAGUACAAUGUGUCUUAUCUCGUGCAGGAAGUCGGAGAAUAUAUGCUGAUGGUGAAAUGGGGCGAUGAUCAUAUCCCUGGCAGUCCAUUCUGUGUAAAAGUUCAGUGAACCAAUCUUACCUCCCAUCCUCUUAUUUUUCCCAAUUUUGUUAAAUGACCCCCACCCUCGCCACUUCCUUUUCAUGACUUCCCCUGUCAACUUCCGAGAGUAACCUUUGUAACUUUUUUUUGAGUGCACGCGGAGUGAACCAUGACACACCAACAUCAGUCGGAUUAAUAUCUGAAUCUCAAGAAACCAGUUUCAGCCAAUGAUGCUACCCAUCAAUUCGAUUAUAUUUUGAAGCUUCCUCAUCCAACAGAUGAAAACAAAAUAAUUUGUUACAAAAUAUAUUCAAUUUGCUAUAUUUUUUCCUUUUUUUUUUUUUUUUUGAAAAUGGUGCUUUUUUUUUUUUUUAUAAAUAUAUAAUACUUCUGUUGAUUUCCUCGCAGUUUCGCUUGUCCACCUUGACAAAUUAUAUUUAUUGGAUUAAGCUUUCCUUACAAGCAAUUACUGUUACUGAGCUUUAUAUUCUAGUCUUAAAAUUGAAACUUUUUUUGCAAUUUUUUUUUAUCUAUAUAUAUAUAUAUAUAUUCUAUAAUGCUGAAGAAAUAUUGAGAUUAAUAAAAGGAAAUUUAUAAUUUUUACCUUUUUUUUCUUACAUGUAUUGGAAACAUAAAGAAAAUCAAACUAUUUUUGUUAGUUAUAUUUGUACAAAUUUUCAAGGAUAGCAGGAAAAUGUAUAAAAAUAAAAUAAAAUGAAAGAUAUGCAGGGCUGGGCAGAAGGGUAGGUUGGGGGAGAUGUUAUUAGUGUAGUUAUUUUCCCUGCAUUGUUGCUAUUUUCAUUUUUGAUAUAAUAAUAAUUAUUAUUAUUAUUAGUGUUUUUCUAUCUAUAGUUGAUGCUAUCUCUUUCCGUUAAAAGUUCUUCAAUAAAAGCACAAUCAAAGUUCAGACUGGAAUACCUCCUAACCUCCCUGUCUUACAACGUGACCCUAAUUAAUUACGCCUAUCUUCUGGUAAUGCCACUAGGAAGGGAGAGAGAGGAGGGGGAGAG